UGCCGACUCGUACCCGCGGGCGGAGAGCAGACAGCCGAAAAGAGGUACCCUUUCGGCCUCGGCCUAUCCUUAUUGUUUUUCUGAAUUAGACCCAAAUUCCUCUUAUGUCUAGAAAACCAAAAGAUCCUUGCAAGCCGCUUGCCUGUGCUAUUCAAGAUUGCCUCAAGGGACACAACUUUCAAGAAUCAGCUUGUGAACAAGUAAUUGAAAAUUUGAGAGAGUGCUGUCGCAAGUGGAAAGACAAGUCAUUAGUUUGCUCCGGGAUGCUAGAGCGCCCUAUUACCACAGAGGAGAGUAAUGUCCAAUCCAAGGGAGCCCCAGACAUCAAGAUUUGGAAGGUCACCGCAUAGGGGACCCGUUAGUACAACAACAUUCUUUGAUCGACAUUAUCGAUCCCUUCAUCACCUAGGGGUUGUGCUGGGAAUUUCCAUAUUUUUUGGUCCGCUUAUUUACAAGUACCUUAACAGGCCU